AUGAGUGGGGGAGGCGAAAAGGACGAGGAGAAAAAUAAGGAGGAAGAAAUUUUCAAGCUAAGAAAACUGGCUGCGAUUUUCAAAAGUGAAUGUAAAAAGUUGAAGGAGGAAAAUGACGCACUCAAGAGGGGAAAGAAGGUUUCAAGGGAAACGGAAGAAAGCAGCACCCCCGGUGUGUCGGAGCAGAUGAAGAACGAGUAUGCCAAGCGUCUGACUGUAGAGAACAGCUACAAAAAGUUGAAGAACUUCACACUCAUGUUGGAGGAAAAAAUGGCUCAAGUGAAAAGUGAUAGCAAAAAAAAGUACGCAGAAAUGGAAGAAAGAUUGAAAAGCUAUCAAAACGAUUUGUCUGUAUCCAAGGGUGAAAGUGAACAGUUAAGGAAAGUCAUGGAAGAAAAAGAUACAAGGAUAGAAAAACUAGUAAACAAGAUGGACCAAUUUAUAUCCUACCUAAAGGAAAACAAAGGCAUGACAGACAUGGCGGAGAGUAGUAUAAACCAAGCUGUAGAAUACAAAAUACAAAUAAAAAAGUUGAAGGAAUAUAUUGAGGGGAUAAAGAAAACGGAGGAAAUCACAACUAAGGAGAGACAACAGUACAGAAGCAUGAUGAUGCUCUGCUCCCAGUAUAAACAAAAAUGUAAACAACUGCCCCUUCUAGAAAAUAAAGUAGAAAUAUUAGAAGGAAAAAUUAAAGAGUUAGAGAUAUUCAAAAGUAGAGAUAAAGAAAAAAUGAAAAAUAUCUCCGAGUUAAAAAAAAGUUUAAUAAAUGAACAGGUCGAAAAAGAAAAACUGAAUGAACAACUUUCCGAAUGGAUAAAUUUUGCUAAAUUAUAUAUAGAUAAAAAUGCUAUCGAUGUAGAAAGUUUGAAGAGAUCCAUGCAACAGAUUCAUGAAAAAUACACCCAUGUGAAUUUCACCAAAACGGAUUUAGAACUCCAGUAUAGAAAGCUAGCUUCUGAAAUGGAAAUGGUAAAACAAAUUUUGGAAGAUAAAAAGUUAGAAGUUAAAAUCAUUACCAAUAAGAAUAGGCACCUUGAGAAGAUGUACGAAUUUGCCAAACGAGACUACAUGAAGGAAUCGUCCACUGCACCGUCAAAAGAAAACAAUACAAUUGAAGAUGCCCAGAAGGAAAACACUAUUUUGGAAAAAUCACUGACGGAGUACAAAGCCAAGUACGAUUUUCUCCUGUCUGACAACGAGCAGAAGGAGAAACUCAUAGAGGAGCUUACCGAAAGGGUGAAGAAAUAUCAAGCCGAUUUUGAGCAUACGUGUCUGAAGCACAAAAACGCAGAGACCGUAUCAGACGAGUUGCAACUUUACCAGAAGGAAAUUCUAAUUCUCAAGGAAGAGAUACAAAACUAUAAGAACAGGAUAAUAACAUUAGAAGGAGAUAUAAUUCAUCUGAAGGAUGAGUGGGCUGACGAUAAGCAAAAGUACGAAACAAUGGUAAACGAUUUAAGAGAGGCUGUUCGAAAAUCCCAAUUUGAGUGUAAAAUCAGUGGCUCUGCAGGGAGAUCGUCCAAAGAGGGAGGAACUCCCCCUGAGAUAGAGAAGCAACAGAAGGAAGAGGACAAGGAUGCACAUAACACGCUGAACGCGCUGUACAACCACCUGGAGAAUCUGUCGUCUGUGGACGAAAUUGAGUUAAUAACCCUACGAAAUGAAAACUUGUACCUAAAGUCUAAGAUUGAGGUAGUAAAAAUAUUUUACGCAAACCAGAUUAAGAGCUAUAGGGAAGCCUUCCUGUACAUCUUAGGAUGGGAUAUUCAAAUAGAGCAGAAUGACCAGGAUAUCUUCUUCAUUCUCACCUCUUUAUUUUCGACCCACGAUGGGAAAUUCAUUUUUAUAAAAAGCAACGGGGCUAAGGAGAAGCGCUCAUUGGACUCGCAGACAGACGAGGAGAGGAACGCUAAGCGUGUGAAGCGACAGGGGGAGGCAACAUCCUCCCCUGAAGGGAUUGCCCCUGUGGAAAAUACCCGAUCAUCAAACGGAAAUAAAGGCACACCAAAUGAUGACACUGCUCCCUGCGAAGAGCUAACUAGGGAGCCAGAUGAAAUGACUGGGUCCAUCACCCUGGACGUGUCCAAGGCCAACUUUGAAAACACGAACAUGACACUCUCUUCCAUCGUGAAAGGCUGCAAAUACAAUUUGCUUUUGCACGGUCAUUACGGUGUGAAGUGGAACGACAAUGAGGAUUGGAAGAACCAUAUCAACAAAAUUAACACCUACCCUGUCCUCCUCUCCAUGUCCUGUAUAGAGGAGUUCAACAACAUCAAGGCGCAGUACAACAAUAGCAUGGGCAAGAACUCCCAGGGGAUGCUCUUCAAGCUAUAG